AUGGAUUACGCCGCACAAAACGGAGACAAGGGGUGCCCCACAGCUACCAGCAAGUCCUUCGGCACCUCAUUCGGGUUCGGAUUUGCUUUUGGAGAUCAAAGCAACCUUGGUACUGAGAAAUACUGGAUGAGAGCUGCAUCACCCGUGGCGGUAGAGGAACCACAACCCGAGCCACAGCCUGAAGUAGAGCCGGUGGCAGCGCCAGAUCCGGAACCUGUACCCGAUGCUAAACUGCCUGAUCAUCCACUCUACGAUAACUGGGACAAUCUCAGCUCUAAAGACAAAAAGAAACGAGAGAAAUUACUUAUAAAGAAAGGGUUGCCUGUUCCGGGGAAAGACUUUGACUGGCCUCCUCCACCCACGGCGCCUGUAGAGGAGAAACCUGAGCUAGAACCCGAACCAGUAGUAGAGAAAGAGCCCGAACCAGAGCCAGUACCGGAGCUAGAACCCGAGCCCGAGUCAGUACUGGAACUCAAGACAGAACCAGAGCCAAAACUAGCAGCUAAACUACCCGGUGAUCCACUUUAUAGUAACUGGGACAACCUUAGUUCCAAAGACAAAAAGAAACGAGAGAAAUCACUUAUGAAGAAAGGAUUGCCUAUUCCUGGGAAAGACUUUGAAUGGCCUCCUCGACACCCAGCGCUUCUACUGGAGGAUACUGGGCCACAGGGAGCAGCAGAGCCAGAGCCGGAACCCACCCCUGAGCCUGUUAUCGAAGAACUUGGGCCUCGAUUUGGACAUUCUAUACAACCAGGGCCUGAGCUAAAAAAAGAAAGCCCAAGGCCAACCUCAUUCCCUCCUCAAUCGGAGAGAACUGUCUGCGCCCAAAGCAUAGCCGCAGGACCCAGCUUUCUACUUUCGCUGCUAUCCAACAUCCGAGAUACUGGGGCAUUCUCAGACCUCAAGAUCAAGUGUGAAUCGUCAACGUUUAAUGCACAUUGUUGUAUUGUAUGUCCACAGUCUAGCUUUUUCGAAAAGGCCAUCAAGGACGGAUCAAAGGAGAUCAAGAUUAUCAACCAUUCUUUCGUCGUUGAAAAGAUGCUUGACUAUCUCUACCGAGGGGACUAUGAUGACUACAAGCUCGCGACUGAAGCAAAUGGAUACCUAGGGCAAAGUUCCGCACCCCCUAGAUAUGUCAACGCUAUCAUGCAUGUUACUGCUCACGAGUACGACAUCGGAGGGCUUAAGGACCUUGCCGAGAAAAGGCUCUUAUCAAAUCUGACACAUGACUGGAACGACGUGGACUUCAUUCGACUUAUUAAAUAUGUCUAUGCGCCGCAAACUCCUAAUAAUUCUACGUUGCAGAGUAUAGUAGCGCAAUUUGCCGCCCGUCACGUUUCAACUCUCAGGGAAUUUACGUCCUUUCACGAAGUUCUUAAAAGAUCCCAUUAUUUCAUGUACAUAUUCUCAGACGAGAUGAUGGAAAGACUUGUGCAACUGGAGAAGGAAGUUUCAUAG